AACCCCAGCCACACAACCCGCCCAACCUGCCAAAUCCCCAUGAAGCCUUGCGCCAGCAAAACUUCCGGCAGCACCCAAUUGGCGGUGCGCGAGCAAGACCGCUUCAUGCCGAUCGCGAACGUGAUACGGAUCAUGCGCAAGGUGCUCCCAACGCACGCCAAGAUCUCGGACGACGCCAAAGAAACCAUUCAGGAGUGCGUCUCGGAGUACAUAAGCUUCAUCACCAGCGAGGCCAAUGAGAGAUGUCAGCGCGAGCAGCGCAAGACCAUCACCGCCGAAGACGUGCUGUGGGCCAUGAGCAAGCUCGGUUUUGACGACUACAUUGAUCCGCUCAGUGUUUAUCUCCACCGAUACCGUGAGCUGGAGGGCGACCAUCGCGGCUCCAUCCGAGGUGAGCCGCUCCAGCUCAAGCGCGCGGCGGUUGUGUCGUAUCAUCUUCCGUCGACGUCAGGGCCCCACCAUUUUCAGCAUCAGCCUGGAACCUACGGUGCUGUGCCCUGCGAGGGACUGGGAGGGGCUUAUUUGGGAGCCUAUGGUGAUCCGGAGACGGCUUCUUUGCUAGAGCCGGGGAACAACUUGGACACAUACGCGCAUUACAAGUAG